AUGGCUGAUCUUGCGGCCGGCACUAGUUUGGCUAAUGACAAGGGGGUGCCCGUUCACACCGCUGAUGAGGCAGCGGGCGAUCUCCAGCUUCCCGCGGGAUGGAUGUACAAAUCGUGGGGCUCUGGCCGCUGGCGCACGCCCUGGUAUGCGUCUCCGAGGUUCCAGCUGGGUAUGGUCGCCUUUGUGUGUUUCAUGUGUCCCGGCAUGUUCAAUGCGCUCGGCGGUUUGGGCGGUGGUGGCAAAGCCGACCCGAAACUGGCUGAUCAAAUGAACCUCACCCUGUACAGUGUCUUCGCCGUUGUCGGUUUCUUCGCGGGUUCCAUCGUCAACUGGAUCGGCAUCCGACUGUCGCUCUCCUUCGGCGGAAUUGGAUAUUGUAUCUAUGCGAUCAGUCUGCUCGUGUCGGUGCACAAGCACGUGCCCGGAUUCAACAUCUUUGCCGGUGCUUUACUCGGUGCCUGUGCCGGUAUUCUGUGGUCGGCUCAGGGAGCCAUCAUGAUGUCCUACCCCCACGAGCACCAGAAAGGCCGCUAUUUCGCGUGGUUCUGGGGUAUCUUUAACAUUGGCGCGUGUAUGGGCAGUCUGAUCGCGCUUGGUACGAAUAUCAACGUCAAAGAAGCUGCCACCGUCUCCGAUGGAACGUAUAUUGCUUUUAUUGUGCUGAUGUUCUUUGGUGCCUGCCUGGCUCUCCUGCUCUGUGAUGCGAAGAAGGUCAUUCGCCGCGAUGGAUCCCGGGUUAUUGUGAUGAAGAACCCGACGUGGAAAACGGAGCUGUACGGGCUCUACGACACGCUGAAGAACGAACCCUUCGUCGUCCUUCUCUUCCCGAUGUUCUGGUCGUCCAACUGGUUCUACACCUACCAAGGAAACGCCAUCAACGUCGCCUACUUCAACACCCGCACCCGGGCCCUGAACUCCUUCCUCUACUGGUUCGCGCAAAUCGCCGCUGCGACCGUCAUCGGUCCGCUCCUUGACAUGACCUACUUCCGUCGUUCAGUGCGGGCGCGCGGCGCCUGGGUCAUCCUCUUCGUCCUGACCAUGGUUAUCUGGGGUGGUGGCUGGGCCUGGCAGAAGAACUAUACUCGCGAGACAGUCGACGUCAAGAAGGGUUUCGAGCAUUGGGAUUGGACGCAUUCCGGCUACGCCGGGCCGAUGUUUUUGUACUUCUUCUACGGCUUCUACGACGCCGUCUGGCAGGGUGUUAUCUACUGGUACAUGGGAGCCCUUUCCAACUCCGGUCGCAAAGGCGCCAACUUCGCCGGCUUCUACAAGGGUAUCCAAUCUGCCGGUGCGGCCGUGAUGUGGAGUAUUGACUUCCACAACGCCUCCUUUGCGGCCGAGUUCGCCAGCAACUGGGGUCUACUGGGCGGAUCGCUGCUCGUCGCGGCGCCCGUGAUCUGGCUCCGCAUCAAGGAUCAUGUGGAUAUCGAGACUGAUUUGAAGAAUACCGAUGAGACGGUCGAGAGUGUUCUUCCAGUUGGACAUCCGGAGAAGAGCUGA